CCCACCCCCCUCCCCCCGCCGCCACUCACGGUCCAGCGCGAAGUUGGCGGCGAGCCGCCGGACGCUGCGGCGCUGCGGGGGGCUGAGGGCCGGGCUGUAGACGCCCCGCUCCAGGUACCGCUGGACGUGCCGGUACCGAUCGGCGGCCUCGGGGCCCGGGGGCCGCUCGGUCUGGGUGGCGACGCUGCGCCUGCCGCCGGCCAUGGCGGGGGCGGGACCGGGCGGGGCCGGGGCCCGCGGGCGGCGGGCGGCGGAGCGGGGAUGGCGGGAGCCCGGGCCCGGCGCUUCUACACCUGCGGCUGCUUCUACACCGACAACAUCUUCCUGCAGGACUACCGGCUCCAUGUGAACCGGGCGGCCGCCCCCGACCUCCGGCCCAUUUUACAAAGCAAAGGAUGCAAGACUGAAGAACAGUUCAAAGAGGUUCAAGCUAAGAUUGACCAGGAAGUUCAGAGAAGGAGGCUGCUUAGCCAGGCCAGUUUGGAGAGAGUGGCAAUUAUUUCAGCACAUUACAAACCGCUGAAUCCUGCUGUCUACAUUUUACAGGAAAACUUCCUCGCUCCAGAAUUCCGUGAAAUCGUUGCCUAUUGCAGAAGUAAGGAUGCAGAUUUCGAAGGGCUGUUGGACCGAAUCCAGUCACUACCAGCCAAGAGAGUUUAUUCUUUCCCGGUGUUCACCGUGGAGUUCUGCAGGCAGCUCGUGGAGGAGCUGGAGAACUUUGAAUGCUCGGACAUGCCGAAGGGUCGGCCCAACACCAUGAAUAACUAUGGGGUGCUCUUGAACGAACUUGGGUUUGAUGAGAUGUUUAUCACAUCACUGCGUGAGGAUUACCUUCAACCAAUUACGUCACUUCUUUACCCGGACUAUGGAGGUCAGGGGAUGGAUAGUCACAAGGCUUUCGUAGUGAAGUAUGCCGUGAACCAAGACCGGGACUUGAGUUUCCAUUAUGACAAUGCUGAAGUUACUUUGAAUGUGUCACUUGGGAAAGAUUUUAAUGAGGGAAACCUCUACUUUGGAGACAUGAGGCAGGUCCGGGUGAGUCAGAGCGAGUGUGUCGAGAUCGAACACAGAGUGGGCCACGGCUUGCUCCACCGGGGCCAGCACUGUCAUGGGGCACUGCCCAUCUCCUCGGGGGAACGCUGGAACCUGAUCGUGUGGAUGCGGUCGUCGCAGGUCCGUAACCAGCUGUGUCCGAUGUGUGACAGAAAGCCACAACUGGAGGACGCGGUUGGGUUUGGGGAUGGGUUUACUGCCACGCCUUCAGAGGACCAGCGGCCGUCAGUGGAUGUCUGUUCCUUAAACUAGUGAACUGGCUGUGGGACCGCUGUGCACAGCCUGCUCCCGUUUGAUCAUCUAUCGCAUCCUCGUCCGGCUGGGAGAGCUCCAGUCUCCAGCCGUCCAUGUGUCACCACUGUUAGUGCUUGGCUGAUUAACAAUCGUUGGUGCAAGAAGUGCCUUCUGUAGUCAAAGAAUUUGAGAAAAGCUUCCAUUUUUUUCUUUAAAUGAAUAUUUCUUCCUAAAGUCUGGUAACUGUGUGUGUGUGUGUGUGUGUGUGUGUGUGUGUGUGUUCGCACGCAUGCGCGCGUCUGUUUGGAGGUGUCUGAGUGUGUGUCUGUGAGUGUGUGUGUCUAGAGCUCUGUGUGAGUGUGUGUGUUCGGGGGUAUCUGUGAGUGUGUGUGACUGUGUGGAGGGGUGUGUGUGUGUGUGUGUGUGUGUCUGUGUGGAGGUGCCUGUGUGGAGCUCUGUGUGUGUGUGUGUGUGUGUGUCUGAGUGUGUGUGUGUCUGUAUGGAGCUCUGUGUGUGUGUGUGUCUGAGUGGAGCUCUGUGUGUGAGAGAGAGAAUGUGUGUGUGUAAAAGGGCACACACCCUCGACCUGGAUUGCUACAGAGGCAACUAACUGAUGUUUCAUUCCCCAGUUGUGCACCUUUUGUCCUGAUCUGCAGAAGUUAGGGAACUGGUACUCACACCUGCGGAUGAUUUGACAAUGAGUCCUUUGUACCUGGCACCUGUUCGCUGUGCACAGGUUGUAUAUUGGCAGCUGAACCAAUUUUGGGUCAGUCUGGAGCCUGUGUUAAUGUAAGAUGGUCUGAGGACUGGAUUCCACACAUUUGUGUUCAGGAUCCAGUGAGGGAAUGUCAUCUGGGUACUUCUGUACCCAGUGAACGGCACAGUUAAUGUCUGAGAAAUGUUUCCAUCGCUGAGUUACCAGAUAUUUCAUGAGGCCAGCGGAGAACAAUGAUCAUGGUUGUAACAUGAACUAGGGGCUGCAGUUCCUCUCCAUCAUCUCCUCAAGAUCAUAGAAAAUGCCAGAAGUACUCAGCUGGUCAGGCUGCAUCUGUGAGUUAAUGUUUCAGGUUGGAGACCCUUUGUCAGAACAUCCCUCACCUGAAAUAUGAACUCUGUUCCUCUUCCCACAGAUGCUGCCUGACCUGCUGAGUGUUUCCGGCAUUUUCUGUUUUUGUUUCAGAUUUCCAGCAUCUGCUGAUUUUCUACCUCAAUGUCCUUUGUCCCCCUAUCCCGUGAUAUCAGAAAUUUAUUAAUCUCUGGAGUGACCUCAGUGACCGAGUCUCCACAGCCCUCUGGGGAAGAGAAUUCCUUUGCUAGAGAUUCACUGCUUCUCAUCUCAGCCCUAAAUGGCUGACCCCUUCUGCGACCGUGGCCUCCAUUCUCGAUGUCCUCUCUGCAUCUGGCCCGUCAAGUUCUGUAAGAACUUUGUGAGGUCUCCUCUCAUUCUUCUAAACACUAGAGAAUACCGUCUCAGUCUUCUCGUAUGGCAUACGUGCCACCCUGGAAACCGGCCGGCGAACCCUCACUGCUCUCCCUCAGUGGCUAGUGAGAUCAUACUGCAGCAUUGUGUAUCAUUGGAGAUGGAAACGAUACAUAAUACUCCGUGUUGUCUGACUAAGGCCCUGUGUAACUGCAGUAAGGCAUCCUUACUCUUCACCUCUUACAAUAAAGCCAACUUACCAUU